CUCAAAUGUCAUCAGGAGGAAAAGGAAAAGCAGGAAAAGGAGGAAAGGCAGCUGGAGCUCACAAAUCAGUUUCCAGAUCACACAAAGCUGGUUUAUAAUUCCCAGUCGGAAGAGUGUCAAGAUAUUUGAAAUAAGGAAGAUACACAGAAAGAGUUGGUGCUGGUGCUCCAGUCUAUUUGUCAGCUGUCCUUGAAUAUUUGGCUGCUGAAGUUUUGGAACUUGCCGGAAAUGCUGCUAAAGAUAACAAGAAGAACAGAAUCAACCCAAGACACAUUCUCUUAGCCAUCAGAAAUGACGAUGAAUUGAACAAAUUAAUGGCCAAUACUACUAUUGCUGAUGGAGGUGUCUUACCAAACAUUCACCCACAUUUAUAUUCAGCUAAGGAAGACCCAAGCCAAGCUGUUUGAUUUAAUUUUUAUUAGUCAAAUAAUUAAUAUGAAUAUUGAUAAUAUCAAAAUAAGCUAUUUUAAAAGAGAC